AUGUCAGCAAACCACCUUCAGCAGCAAAGAGUGACUUCUCCCACCUAUUCGGAUCCCUUGCAACGUUGUAGAGGUAUCAGUUCUUCAACAUCACCACAGCAAGAACAACAGAGCAGUAACAGCACAACAACUUGUUCUCCCUCCUCUUUCUACACGAUUGACAUACGCCCUAAACCAUCCAUUUCAUAUCCCUCGUUUUAUUCACAACUCACAUCAUCAGUACCGCCACCACGAUAUUCACUUUCAUCCUCCAAUAGCAAUUUAAGAGGAGGAAACAUUAAUUUAUAUCAUCAAUUAUGGCAGAAUCAACCUACAUCACCCACAAGUGGUGGCUCUGCUACUUCACUCACAAUCAACACUUCGAAUACAAAACAUCAUCGGUCGAUGAGAGGUGGAGUGUCUCCGAAUAGUACCACUGCUACCUAUUCUCCUGUGAAUGGCCACCACGAUUCACCAACGACACUCUUUCAACAACCACCUUCUCAUCAUCAUUUGCAAUCAAAUAAUGUCAACUCUGUCAACAAUAAUCAUACAAUGACGACAACAUCAACGAUGACCAUUCAACAACAAUAUGUUGAAAAUACUAAUAAUUAUUCACAAACGAGUGGUGGUGGUGUAAAUUCUGGAUCGUCUCCAUUCUAUUGUGAUACUGCAAUGCCCUAUGAUGACGACUCGUUUCAAUCGAGACUCUUGAAUGCGGUUCCUCAAGGUCUCUUACCUCAUUUCGAAAAGAUUUAUGUCCUUCCGAAUCAACAACCACAUCAUCAACUUGCUACAGUGCCAACCACUCCGUGUGGUACUCUGCUCAUUUCCACUAGUUCAGUGGUUUCUCAAGCACAUGGCACUCAGCAACUUCAAACAGCAAGUGUAGGAACAAAAUCUUUCAAUGAAAACGCCACUCCUCUGUCAAUUUCAUCUUCAACAGCUGCAUCAUCGUCGUCUACUACAAGUGGUCCUCGUUAUCAUCACCACCGUGGAGUGCUACCACCAUCAACGUCAAGCUCAUCAGUCCCUCUCAAUUCCUUGAUUCCAACAUCGGAAUUGAGCUCAACAAUAAGCAACUCCAUGAUCAACAAUGGGAGUACAGAUCUGGACAAUGCAAUUAAUGGAGUUCAGUUGACAAGUUUUGGAAGUCGGAGUAGUGAGGAAGAUUUAUGUUCUCUCACAUCCCCCACUGAUAAUAAUUCUUCAGUAGUGACAGGUCUCUCUUUGUAUGGUCACACCAUGCAAUCAUCAGCAUCAGCGCUUGAGCAAUUAGCAAUGAAAAAUUCAUCAUCGAAUCAAUCAUUAGGAGGAGUAUUCACAACAAAUGAUUCCGAUCAUGACGCAACUUUUUCAGUGCUAAAUCCUCAAAAUUUACGUGCCAUUGGUGACACAUCAUCUUCUCAAGACAAUUCACCUUUCACCAAUAACAAUUCAAAUAACCAUUGCAAAUCAAAUGUAAAUAACACAAUCGGAAACGUGAAUGCAACAACUAGCUCAAGUAACAAUACCAUGUUUUGUCAUGUUUGGGAUGUAAAUGAAAAUUUAUUGUAUCGAAAAGUGACACCUCCAUUCCUUGCUGUCUCUGGAAAUCAGUCACGAGUGGGAAGCAUGUUGAAUUUAUCUGGAUCUUUGGAUUUGAACAUGGAAAACAAUAGCAAUUUUUCGUCAUUUAGCUACAACACCAUUCACUCCUCAGACUCAAAAUUGACAUCACCACCAAAUCAAGGCCUUUAUAUUAUUGCUGGAAUGAAUAUUCCUCAAAAAUCUGCUUACAACUCGGAUAUUUUGAAACAUGUGUCUGCAAUUAGAGACUUGGAGGAUGAAAGAUCUUUGGAAGCAAUUAAUUCAGAUUCUAGCCCUGUUCCACAGAGUUUUAUGGAAAUGUCAUCGUCCCAUGCUCGAUCGAGAAAUGGUUCUAUUGGAAAAACACUCAAAGGUUUGAUGGGAUUGAAAAAAAAGAAAUCUGAAAGUGAUCUUCUCUCCUCCUCUGAACUCAACAAAAGCUCAGAAAAUUUGAAACAAAAUCUAAAGCUGGACAUCCCAAAAGUAGACAAGCAAGAGCGAAGGUUAAAAACGCUCUCUAUGAGAAUUACAGGGCUUUGGAAAAAUAAUCAGAGCCAAAACGAUCUCACCGCUAAUAAUGACCAUAAUUCUGGUUUUACAGCAUCAGACUCUAGUGGUAACAGCGCUAAUUUAAGUAUGACAACAACCGAUGUUAAAGCAACAGAUCUCUAUGAUGAAAUUGAUAUCAACACAGAGGAAAGAAAACUCGAAGAUGUCACAAAGGAGCAUUUGAACGAGCAGUUGGUCACAUUUAUCAAUGAGUUGACAUAUUCAGUGAAUGGUAGCAAAAGACUAUCGGCAAAGUUUGGUAAUGCAAUUUUGAACAGUGCUCCAACUGUUGCUGACAUGUCGAUUAAGAAUGAAAUUUUGGAAGAGCGUUUGCUAAUGCUUCUCAAACCAUUCUACGAAUACAAACCAAUGGACUUGGUUCUAUGUCAUAGAACUUUACAUGCUCUUGAAUAUCCAACAAAAAACAGAAUUAGCAUUAAUCUAGGUUUUUCUGACUUCUCCCUUAUUGGGGACGCCUCAAAGAAGGAACUUUUUACUUUUUCUGUUGCCCUUUAUGACUGCAAAAGUGAGAAGAAGAUCACUGAAGAUUGGUACUUUAACUUUUUAUCUGAAUUGCAAUUGCAAACAUUGCCAACUAGUGCUCAGGACAUCCUAAGAAUGAUGCCAAGCGUCACAAAAGAAAAAGUAUUUAGCAUUAGUUAUCCACAUGAUCAAAUAUAUUGCGUAGUUAUUGUUCGUAGACUUGCUCCUCACACCACGGUUCAAGAAGCUGCAGAAGAGAUGGGAAGCAUUUCACAAAAGAAACCACAACCAGAAUUGGAAGAAUCACGCAAGGCUCUAUAUCACUUUGAACAAUCUUUCCUCUUGGGCUAUUGUAAAAUUUUCAGUUCAAAACGACCUCAUGGCCACGUCAAUGUAUCAAGCUCAUCGAGCGUUCUAGAUUUUGGAGAUGAUCCAAAAGUAGACUUGGCAUUCUCUUCCACUAUUAUUGAAAAGUUUUAUCCUAUUAUUGUGGACAGCAAUAUCGAAAAUUUCAAUAUCGUUACAUUGUUAAAGCAUUUAGAUACUCAGACAGCAACACAUUCCAGCAUGCAAGCAUACCAUAUUAGAGGAAAAAUGGCUGUGGAAUGUAAAAUUAUGCGCGAUUGGAAAUCUCAAUCAUUUUCAAGGACGAGUGUGACUCGACCAAGUUUUGUUGAGGAACCCGAGAAUCCAAUUUCUUUGGAUGAUUUGGAUGUGGACCAAUUACGAGUGGAAUCGCCUUAUGCAAGAAGAAGAUUUGUUAGAAAUACCUUUGUUGAGGAAGAUAUUGAGGAUGUUGUAGAAGAGAUUCCAUGGAUGAAAUCUAGAUAUCCACAUCUUUCGUUUAAGAACAUACUAUUUCUGAAUUUAAAGCUUGCAAGAUUGUCAGGAUUGAAACAUUGCAAAAAUGUACUUAUUGAGGUGUCAGUAAGAGAUAGUGAUCAAUCCACACCAACCCCUGACGACUACAUCUUGAAUGCAAAUACCAGUACAAAGAUGCUGAAGCGAUUUAUAGGAAAGUUUAGUAACAAGUUGCAAAGAUAUCAAUUUUCAAGUCUUUCUUGCAAUACCAAAAAGAAUGUACAUUUCGUUGACGAAAUUAAGAUUGACUUACUCGGUUUAACUCCAGAGAAUAUUCAUAACGGGCAUCAUUUACUUUUCACAUUUUACAACAUUGACACAGUGGACUUGAAGAAAAAAGGACAGAAAAUUUUAGAAAUCGACCUACGAAGUGGCCACUUUGGUCAAGGUGUUCAUAGAAAUAUUGUUGGAUAUAGCUUUUUGGCUCUCUAUACAAAGAAUAGUGUCUAUGAAGCAGAUAAGGAACUCUAUGGGGAUAUUUUAUCUGGAUACAUGCCGCUUCGACAAUCGGUAUCGAAUGAGACGAUUCCAAUUUAUUCAAAACUUCCUCCUGGAUACAUGUCCAUUAGUGAAAAGGAUUUGGAUUCUCUUAAAGUGAGCGAAAAAUCCAAGCUGAGAAUUGAUGCAAACUUGGUUACCACAUUACAACCACCCGAUGAACGAUUGCAAUUAUUUUUCGCUGCCUAUGACGCAUUUACAAAAAGUACCUCUUUGCAAAAGUCUUCGAUAUUGGAGUAUAUUGUUUAUCAUUUACUUUUGAAAUUCCAUAUGACUGACUUUAGUAGCAGCAUGCCGUUCAUGUAUCUGUUGUUUGACAUUUUACUAGAAUUACUGAAUUACUCAUCCUCUGAACAAUUCACUAAGGAAAUUAACAUGAAAAAGCUUCAAAUGGAUCUUCAAACCAAGUUAUUCGAGGCACUAUUAUUGAGCUUGAGCAAAUUCCAUGAAUUUUGUGGCAACAGCACUCGAGGUAAUCGUUUCUUCUCGAGUUUUAUCAAAUUCAUUUUUAGUUUUGAGUCCUUACAUUGUGAGUUGAUGAGAGUAUUUAUCCAAUAUUUGACGUCUAACAGAGAAGCCAACGAGGAAAAGUCAUCCGAAUCUUGUAGAUAUUCUUGGUUUGUGUUUGACAUGGUGAUCAAAUCUCUCUUAAUUGCCCAAUCCAAGAGUAUUUCAAAUUAUUUAGAGAGUGACUUGUUGGUCCUUACAAAAAAUCUCAUACAGGAGCUGUUCAUGUGCAUGGAAAAGUUGCUACAAUCGAACAAUAACAGCAAUCACAACCUUGCUAUUUAUUGUAAUAGAAACAUCUCUCUAUUUAUCAGAGAUCUAUUACCAACGAUUGGAUAUGAAUCUGUGAAAGGAAUAUUUGAAUUUUAUUGCAGAAAAGUCACAACCGGCUUGUCCAAAGAAAUCAGUAUGAGACUUCUCAGCGAAUCUCUCGCAAUUAUAUCAGAUUACCACGAAAUGUGGGAACUUUCCACUACGAAUAUCUUCAUUACCAAGAUUAUUUCAUUAUUUUUCGAGGCGAUCGAGAUGAAGAAUGAAAAGAUCAUGUACAAGAUUGGAAAAUAUUUGUUGGACAUAUUUUUGAAAUUGGAUUUCGAUGAGAGAUAUCAACCAAGAGAGCAACGCGAACGAAUCACAUCUAUCAUUUUCACAAGUCUCGUUGAUACCUUCUUCAAUAAGGGAGAAGAAUUGUUGCUUAAACUCAAACAAUUCAAUGAGAUUAAUGUCAUUUUGAGCACUCUUUUAUUAUGGACCAUGAGAAAUUACAAUAGAGAUUCGCUCAUUCGUUGGUGGAGAGAAAAAACAUUGCACUGUUCUAACGAAUUGAAUGAUUUGAGUAUUGUUUUUUACAUGCUCAAGUUUAUGAAGAGUAUUGUAUUCGCUUUCAGAGGACUUACAAAAGAACAUGAGCAACAAUCAAAGAAGAUUGAUUUUGUGAGUAAGGCCUAUCAAGUGGUAGUCUAUAUUUUGAACGCCCUUUUUAUUGGCAAGGAUGGAUGCAUGAUGACCUUUUUAAUCUCUGUAUUUAAUGGAUUGUCUGACACAGCAGCCGACGAGGAUUAUGUCGAUUCAUUGCUCUACAAGCUUAUUCAAGUCAUUCGCCACAUUACCAUCCAUUCAUUGCUGAGACAUGAUGGUAACACUUGCUUUUUGGUUGUAAAAUCAUUAAUCACAGACUUGGUCACUCACUGUAAGAAGCUCAUUAGUGUACAUGAAAUUGAGAAUGCUCGAGAUUUAUCCAUGAAAUUUUUGAAGAAGGAAAGCAAAUUUAGAAUACUCAUUGCUCUCUUGAUUUUCAUGGAAAAGUCACACAGUCUACUCAUUUUCUGUCCAGAUGCCAAUGAUUUAGAUCAUGAUCCUGAUGUUUUCAGAGCUCACUGUCUCAACUGUACGGAAAUACUUUUGACUGAAUAUACCAAUGGUGAUGAUUCACAGACAAAUGUAUCUCACGAAGCUGCGGAAGAUGAAUAUAUUGUGGAUUCUGAAUUGUGUUGUCUGAAAGCAGCUACUUUGCAAGCAUCCAUUAACAAAAUUCUUGGAUAUAAUCCUAUCAAUGACAAGGAACAUACUGAACAAUUUUCUCAAAUGUUCUACUUGACCUAUAACUUAUUCAGUACUCCAGAGAAAAUUAUUGACAUUUUAAUUGCCAAGUACAGACACUUGAAUCAGGACAAGCAAGAUAAGAAUGACUUGCUAUUUGCAAAAAUUAAUCUUGAAAGAACUGCAGCACGAUUAAUCAAGGACGGUUUCUAUGCAUUCAAUAAUUUAAGUAUUGCAAAAAGUAUUAAUUUUAUGAAAGAAAUUGAACACAUGUCGUCAAGCAGCACUUCGAGUAUUGCCAAAAUUCAAAACGCUCUCGUUCUGAAUAUGCUUUCCAUUCAGGCCUCGUCCGGAACUCGAUGUGGAAUUACCAGUCCAGGGCGUGACUCUUCAGCAUCCGCAGAAGACAAAACUCUAAGAAUUCCCAAAGGAUUAACUCUGCAACAAGUUUCCACACCAGAAAUUCCCAUGUCCAAAUGGAAUCACGACAAGGACUUAUAUGUUCGAUUGGGAAUUUCAAAUCCUUUCAAAAUUCAAUUCGACAUCUUCUCUUGGCCUUCUGCCGAAUUAGCUCAUCAAUUGACCUUGUUGGAAGCAAAAUUCUUUUUGAAAAUUAAGCCCUAUGAAUUUUAUUAUAUUGAAAGCAAAGAUAAGGAAAUUCGAGAAAAGUACAGUAGUAACAUUUUGUUCAUGCAAGAACAUUUCAAAACAGUACAACAUUGGGCCAGCGAGACUGUUCUCAUUCAACCCAAUGAGAGAGAUCGCAAGAAGGUCUUUACCAAAAUUCUUUGCAUUGCUCAGUCAUGUUUCCAAGCAGGUAAUUAUUUUGGAUUCAUGUCCAUAUUGGGAGGUUUGAGAAGUUCUUCUGUUUUUAGACUCAAAGAUCUCUAUGAAGACAAUAAGGAAGUACACAAACUGUUCCUCGAAUUGGAAGAGAGUCAGAAAAAAGUCAUCAAUGCAAAAGAAGUGAAUCAACUGUAUGACCAUCUCUCUGAAAAACAGCAACCUUGCAUUCCUUAUUUAGGAAGUUUUCAAAGUCAAGUAUUUUUCACAAAAGAAGGAAACAAACCUCUUCUCGAACAUGCCAAACACAAAGAGGUCAUUAAUUACCGAAUGAUGAGAAUUUUAAUGAAAACAUUGGGAAGAGUUUCAGAAUUGCAACAAUUAUGUCUUAAUUAUGAUUUUCAAGAAUUACCUUAUUUGCAAUUUGUAUUUACUGAAGAAUUGCAACGAUUAUUGAAAACAAAAACAGAUGAUGAAUUAUGGGAACUUUCAACAAAGAUCAAACCAUCCAACAGACAAUAA